AUGACUCUUCUGACAAUCAUAGCUCUCCAUGUCUAUUCAGACAUUCAUAGCUCAUCAUAUCUCUUCAGUCUGUUCACAUCUAUCUAUCGCCGUCUGUUCAAAACAAUCUAUCUAUCUAUCUAUCUAUCUAUCUAUCUCAGUCUGUUCAUAUCUAUCUAUCUAUCCAUCUCAGUCUGUUCAUAUCUAUCUAUCUAUCUAUCUAUCUAUCUAUCUAUCUAUCUAUCUAUCUCAGUCUGUUCAUAUCUAUCUAUCUAUCUAUCUAUCUAUCUAUCUAUCUCAGUCUGUUCAUAUCUAUCUAUCUAUCUAUCUAUGUAUCUAUCUCAGUCUGUUCAUAUCUAUCUAUGUAUCUAUCUCAGUCUGUUCAUAUCUAUCUAUCUAUCUAUCUAUCUCAGUCUGUUCAUAUCUAUCUAUCUAUCUAUCUAUCUAUCUAUCUAUCUAUCUCAGUCUGUUCAUAUCUAUCUAUCUAUCUAUCUAUCUAUCUCAGUCUGUUCAUAUCUAUCUAUCUAUCUAUCUAUCUGUGUAAGUCUGUUCAUAUCUAUCUGUUCAUAUCUAUCUAUCUCAAUCUGUUCAUAUCUAUCUAUCUAUCUAGCUAGCUAG